UCACAAAUAGAUUUGUCAAUAACGUUGCAGAGAUCCGAUUCAGUCUAUUUCAUCAUGUAAAUCCCAGAAUUCUCGACUGAAUUGGGUCUUAAGAAACUGAUCCACUGGUCUUGACAAGUCUUGGCUGAGAUUUGCUUGGUUAAUGGUCCCAACAGCUUCUGAAACUCCUUGGAAACUAUAAGUUUUGGUUUGCACUUUUAUGAUGCAAAAGCUAAUAUAAUAAUUCUUGUAGUUAUGUCUUAAUAAGAAAGGGACGAAGGAAGCUGUUUCAGAUAAGAUCCGAAGAAAACAUGAAUCUCUAGAGUCGUAAACAGCAUGCGAGGGACGUGGGCGUCGUUCUUGGUGGCUGCGGCGAUCCCCAAUUGGCGCAAAAGGAGCCAUCGCUCUCUUUUCUAUGGCAGGCUUAGCUCACGCAAGAGGUUGUUAAAGUGAAGAAGACCGAGUCUGCAACAACUCACUGUUUAACGAAUAUUUAACAAGAGAUGAACCAUGCCAUGACGAUCUCUUGAUAGCUGACUAGGCCUAAUCUGAAUAAAUUAAUCCCUUCUCUUCGAGUCAGACAUGGGUUUCUUAUUGUUUAAAUGGAGUCGAGGAUAAUAGUGGGCAGAAAUGAAAUGGGUCAUUUGCGUGUUCUAGGCUGGAACGACAACAUUGCUGAGUACAAAUGGUAUGCGACCGAGAAAAAGAGUUGUUUCUUCCAUAGAAGGGAUGAAGAGUUGAAGAAACAGGGCAGGGAACGGGUGAAGCAGAGCAUGGGAUUGCCGUUUAAGAGUCGAAUGAAGAAACUCCCGCGGCAAUGUCUACUGAAUUACGAGAACUUGACGCUUCCUCCGUUUCAGGUAGUAGUGAUGACAGCCAACAUCGGAUGCGCUCGUUGUCAGGACAGAGUCUCGCAAGUCAUUUCAAAGAUGGACGGAGUGCAUGAUUAUACAGUAGACAUUCGAAAUGAACAAGUGACUGUAAAGGGGGAUUUCAAGGUCGAAAGGACGGCGCAAAUCGAGAAAGAUGGUCAUCAACUCCGUCUCUUAAGAUACUUCAGAAUCAGUUGCUUAAGCAAGCACCUUGGCCAUCGAACGUAAUUUUCAUUCGUGCACAUUGUGUGGUAGCAAAUCGAAUUUACUCGCCGUCACAGUUUGUAUAUCCAGUGAAACACAGUAUAAAUUGACGCUUCCCUCAAAACAGAGCAAUUGCACA